AUUUCCAGCAAAUCAAAAAACAGCCGUCGUGUUUUCGCAGAAUUUCAGGUGUCUCAAAUCGAUUUUUUAAACAAAACUCCAAGAAAUACUCAAAAAAGUAAAUUAACCGGUGGCAAAAUGGACGCUUUACAAGACGAGGUGGAGUCGCUGGAAGCCAUCCUAAUGGACGAUGUUCGCAUCAAACGCACGCCCAGCGGCGAUGUGGAGCAGAUUGAGACCACGGUACUGCCUUUGACCGGCGAGGAAGAGGAGCAGCAGUACGUGUGCGUCACUUUGCAGGUGCAGCCGACACCCGGAUAUCCGGAGGAGAGUCCCACAUUUAAGCUGCUGCGUCCGCGGGGACUAGACGAUGCCCGCUUGGAGGCCAUUCGAAGCGCCUGCAAUGCGAAGAUCAAGGAGUCCCUUGGGUUUCCGGUGGUCUUCGACCUCAUCGAGGUGGUGCGGGAGCACCUGAGCGGCAGCAAUCUGCCCAGUGGUCAGUGUGUCGUAUGUCUGUACGGAUUCGCCGACGGCGACGAGUUCACCCGCACCGAGUGCUUCCACUAUCUGCACAGCUACUGCCUGGCCCGCCAUUUGAAUGCCCUGCGCCGCAACUACCAGGAGGAGUUCGACAAGCUGCCCGCCUGGCUGCAGAAGACGGCGGAUCCCUUCCAGGCCCUGUGUCCUGUCUGCCGUGAGCACAUCGGCGACGAAACGGAUAGCCUCAAGUGCGCCAUGCCCCCGUCGGAGCUCCUUAAUGCUCCGGACUUUAAGGUGACCGAGGAGCUGCGCCAGAUGCAGCAGCGCAUGUCGGAACUGUAUUUGCAGCAGAAGAGUCGCGGAGCCAUCAUCGAUGUGAAGGCCGAGGGAUCUGCCGUGAUUUCAAUCGAGACGGAGGAGGACAUCAGGCGAAGGCGUCGUCGCGAGGAGGCCGAGGCAGCCAAGAAGCUGGAGGGACCGGCCAAGGAGGAGGCCAUCAAGCCAACCACUAGUUCCACAUUUGCGCCCGUCGUGCAGGAGACCCAGCGUAUCAUGCCAGAGCCGACCAAUAAUAACUAUCAUCACAAUCGUCGCCACUAUCGCGGGGGCCGGCGGCACCAUCACCAACAUCAGCAUGGUCACCACCAUCGGGUGGAAAGGGAUCGAGAGCAGAAUGCGGCUACAGCUCCGGCCACCGCCGGCGGUUCUACAUCGAAUUCGGGCAACGGCAAGCAGACAAAGGCCCAGUCAGCCAGCUCCGGGCAUGCCAGGUGACGAUGGCUUCCGAAAGAGAUGGGGAUCCGGAUACCCAUUGCGAUGCCAUGCUGCUAAUACACAAUGAAGCACCAACCCAAACGGCCCAGGUUUAAUUUCGUGAGGCGCACUCGUUUCUGUGAAUUUUUAAGUUCGUAUAUACUUAUGUUUAGUUAGCUUUAGCGAGCCGGGUUAGCUAAUUUGGAUUAUAUUAAUGAUGAUAUUUAGUUGUACCUUAACUAUAAUGAUAUUUGUAAUGAUUUACAAAAGACUUGCGGCACCAUGCCGAUCCGAUAUUAGUAGGGCCUUUGAUAGUUAGCGCUUAGAGCAUGUAUUUAGCAGAACCAACUGGCAGCGCUGGCGUUGACGAGAUUACACCACAGCAUUGAGAAGAUCGAGGAGACGACGGUAUUGAUAUCCACUUACGCAUAAUCUGCAACUGCACUUCGACGUUUAGUAUAAAUAUUUCUAUCUCUGGCAGCCUAUAGCACAAAGAAAAGUAAGAACCCAGCUUAUUCUUGACUAAGUUGGGCGAUUGAAGUUGGAGCGGCAUUUCUAGUCAGUGAAUGGAGGUCGGGAGGCAGCAGAGAAGGAGAAUCCCGAUACAGGGCAUCUGCAUUAGCAUGCAUGCAUACAUAUUUAAAUAUCACAAUUAAUUGAGUGUUUGUAGGAAUCCGAAUAGUGAUCAGCAGUGAUCGACCAUGGUAUUAUAUCGAAAUUCCAAUUUCAAUGUGUCAAAUAAAUACUACGAUUGAGAACUUUAAUGAAUAAAUCAAAUUCGGAAAUCAAA